ACUGCCGAGCUGACAGUCUUACAUUCUUAUUCACUCUCACAAACACACUCUUGUAGCAAUGAAUGCAGUAGUGUGGGUUUUCUUGCUGUGCUUGCAGGGCUACCUGCUAACUCAUGCCCUAGACUGUGCAGAUGGGGACAUGGAUUGUGACAGUGGCCAGGUUGCAAGGGUAAAGUUAAGGUUUUUGAGGCAUGCAAACUCAGACCAUGAGAGAGGAUCUCACCAGAGACACAGCAAUCUACCAGGAGCUUUCACAGCCAAAGGCAACCCCAACACUCUAAUUCAGGCUGACAGAUCAAGGCGUCAUCUGAACAGCAAUAAGAAGAGACCAUUGCCUCCUAGGUCACGAGUGGGCAGUUACUCACUACUCAGUCACAACCCUAUGAGUCCUCUUCCUGUAGUGAGAGCUCGAAGACAUGCUGGAGCAGCUGCUGAUCAGGCCUGAUCAUAUCUUCUAGAAUGAGAUGCAGAGGUCCAGUAAAAGUGUGACCUGGAAGAACACAAAGUCUGUUUAAGAGAUGAGACAUUUGUAAGGAAAAAGAAAAAAGAAAAAAAAAAUCUAAAGACAAAUACUGAGAUGCAUAUAUUUAGUUAAUCUAUAUUUAGUCAUUUUAUAUUUAGCAUUGUGUUUAUUUUUGUGCUGUCGGUUCUUGUCAUGACUUUUUAUAUUUAAUGGUUAUUACAUUUUGUGGAGAUUCUAAUUAAAGUUUUUGCUCAUCACAGUAA